GCGCGCUCACCUGGCGGCUCACCUGCGCGCGGGCGCUUCCGCAGGAAGAAGGAAGCCACGCCCCCGUCGCCCCCGUGCGCUCCUUCCCCUCCUCCCGGGUCCGCCGGCCGCCACCAUGUCCGCCUCGGCUGUCUUCAUCCUCGACGUCAAGGGCAAGCCCCUGAUCAGCCGCAACUACAAGGGCGAUGUAGCCAUGAGUGAGAUCGAACACUUCCUGCCUCUGCUCAUGCAGCGGGAGGAGGAGGGCGCCCUGGCCCCGCUGCUGAGCCAUGGCAAGGUCCACUUCCUAUGGAUCAAACACAGCAACCUCUACUUGGUGGCCACCACGCUGAAGAACGCCAAUGCCUCCCUGGUAUACUCCUUCCUCUACAAGACCGUGGAGGUGUUCUCCGAGUACUUCAAGGAGCUGGAGGAGGAGAGCAUCCGAGACAAUUUUGUCAUCGUGUAUGAACUUCUGGAUGAGCUCAUGGACUUUGGCUUCCCCCAGACCACCGACAGCAAGAUCCUGCAGGAGUACAUCACACAGCAGGGCAACAAGCUGGAGACUGGCAAGUCGCGGGUGCCCCCCACCGUCACCAAUGCUGUGUCCUGGCGCUCUGAGGGCAUCAAGUACAAGAAGAACGAGGUCUUCAUCGAUGUCAUAGAGUCUGUCAACCUGCUGGUCAGUGCCAAUGGCAGUGUCCUGCUGAGUGACAUCGUGGGCACCAUCAAGCUCAAGGUGUUUCUGUCGGGAAUGCCAGAGCUGCGGCUUGGCCUUAACGACCGCGUGCUCUUUGAGCUCACUGGCCGGAGCAAGAACAAGUCUGUAGAGUUAGAGGAUGUGAAAUUCCACCAGUGUGUGCGGCUGUCUCGCUUUGACAAUGACCGCACCAUCUCCUUCAUCCCUCCUGACGGUGACUUCGAGCUCAUGUCCUACCGCCUCAGCACCCAGGUCAAGCCGCUGAUCUGGAUUGAAUCUGUCAUUGAGAAGUUCUCCCACAGCCGCGUGGAGAUCAUGGUCAAGGCCAAGGGGCAGUUUAAGAAGCAGUCAGUGGCCAACGGCGUGGAGAUAUCCGUGCCUGUCCCUAGCGAUGCUGACUCCCCACGCUUCAAGACCAGUGUGGGCAGUGCCAAGUAUGUGCCAGAGAAGAAUGUUGUUAUUUGGAGUAUUAAGUCUUUCCCGGGGGGCAAGGAGUACCUGAUGCGUGCCCACUUUGGCCUCCCCAGUGUGGAGAAGGAGGAGGUGGAAGGGCAGCCGCCCAUCGGAGUCAAGUUUGAGAUCCCUUAUUUCACCGUCUCUGGCAUUCAGGUCCGAUACAUGAAGAUCAUCGAGAAAAGCGGUUACCAGGCCCUGCCCUGGGUUCGUUACAUUACCCAGAGUGGCGAUUAUCAACUUCGAACCAGCUAGAAGGGAGAAGAGGUGGGGGCUUGAAUGUGGGGCCUUCCCUCUCCCCAGGCCUGGAUUGCAGACUUUGGGGGUGGGAGAUGGGAGGUGCGUGUGUGAGGGUAGGCACCUGUCUUAGCAAUUUCCUGCUCCCAGCAUCUGACUGCUCCCCACCUUUCCUCUAUCCAUAGUAUGGGAGGGAUGGUCUCCCUGCCUCCCUCUGGGCUCUCCCAGCUCUAAUUUUAUAUGAAGUAAUACAGGGGGGCUUGAAGUCCCCCUCAUGAGUGCCUUUUUGCAGUGACCUGCCUUAGGGGGUGUCAGGGGGCCCCUCCUUCACAGUUGCUGAGCCCAGAGGUCCUGUUGGCCCAUUGGCCCAUUCCUCUGAGUUUUAUGGCAUUAAAAAGAUGAAUCUA